AUGGAACCUUCAAGUAUGGACAAUGUCGUUGUUGAACAUAAAAAGGAACAACAAGAAGAACAACCAUUACAAGCAACAACAACAACGACAACGACAAUAGAAGAACAAGAUACUACUAAUAAUAAUGGAAAUAAUGUAACAAUAGAAGGGGGAGAAGGAGAAGAAGAAGAACCAAAGUCAUCAUCUACUUCAACUAGUACAAUAGUUGUAUCAUCGUCACCUCAAGUUGAAAGAUCACACAACGUUGACGAUUCAUCUUCGUCAAAGACAUCAUCUUUUAUUACCAUUGCAUCUGUAUCAUCAUCGGUCUCUACUGAACCUUCAUCGCCUUGCCCAGUAUCCAAAAAUAUCAAUGACGACAAUGAAAACAACAACAAACCGACGACGGUAGAUGUGGAUGCGGCCGAAGUUGUUGUUAUAGUUGAAACAUCACCGACUGAACCAACAAUAACUACACCUUCUGUUCCACUCACCGUUGUAGUAGAUGGACUACAAAAUAAUACAACGACAGCCACAUCUACCGAUGUAUCACCAUCGACCAAUGUAUUUGAUAUACCAUUCCCUCACGAACCAGGAAAGUUCCCAAUUCACGAGGCUGUUUAUCGAAAUGAUAUGUCUGUAUUAAUAGGUUACUUUGGUGAAAUUAGUGAACAAGAACAACAACAAGAACAACAAAAUGAACAACAACAACAAGAAUCAACAACAAAAGAAAAUAAUAAUAAUAAUUCAAAUUUAGAAUUAACACCAACUCAAAAGACAAGAUUUGGAGGACGUGGUGCAAGUAGAAUGAUGUUAAAUACAAAUAAUAAUGAAAAAGAACUUGAGGAAGAAGAAGAAGAGGAAGAAGAUUUAGGAGAAUCUGGAGCGAUAUCAAUUAAUAGUAGAGAUUCAUUUGGUAGAACACCAUUAAUGUAUGCCAAUCGUCAAUCAACGGUUAGAUAUUUAAUAUCAAAGGGUACACGUGUCAAUCUCAGAGACCAUGAUCGUCAAACAGCCAUGCACAAGGCUGCAGGAGGGUAUCCUGACAUUCUAUCACUCUUGUUGGAUUCUGGCGCACACAUUAAAAGAGAUAUGGAGGGAUGUACAGCACUACAUCUCUGUUGUUACUAUGGAAAUAUUCAAUGUGUAUCUACUAUGAUGUCAAAGGGACCUCGUCGUGUAAAGGCUGAAGCACGUGAUAAAAAGGGAAGAACUGCUUUACACUAUGCUUUGGAAUCUUCAUCUUCUGAUGAUAUUACUUCUCAAAUUGUUGCCAUUUUAAUUGAAGGUGGUUCUUUAUUAGAUCCAAAAGAUAGAGAAAAGAAAACACCAUUGCAUUAUUCAGCGAUAUUGGGUAAAUUUAAAUGUUUGGCAAUAUUAUUGGAAAAGGGAGCCAAUCCUGAUUGUACAGAUAUAUAUGGUGCAAUGACAUUGCAUUAUGCAGUGGCACACCAGAUGGGAAACAAGGCAGUCAAGCAGUUGGUUGCCAAGGGCUGCAAGGUCAACACACCCGACAAUACAGGUCAGACACCCAUCUUUUACGCAUCACGAUCGGGAUAUCCAAAGAAUGUCAAGGCACUGUUGCGUGUGGGUGCGUUGGCAGGGUUAAAGGACUUUCAAAACAAGACACCUUUACAUUUUUCACUGGAUAUUGCCAACCCUACAAUCAGCUCGAUGCUCGUCUCUGCAGGUGCCGAUGUAACAUUACGAUAUAAAUAUGGACAGCGCGGCGAAAGAUUGCAGCGUGGAAAGGUCAACUCGAGUUGGUCGUUGACCGCUGGAAGUGGAAGUGGCAGUGCGUCUGGAUCGUCGAUGCAACUGACCGACAAUACUGCUACUGCUACGAGUGGUACUGGUAGUCUUUUACACAAUAUGUCGCAGCAGUCGCUAACAUUAAACUUGUCGGGUGACGCAUACGAGACAACUGCUACGGGGUCAGAGGAGCGUGACUUGCAUGCCGACAUAGAGAGAUUCUCGACCGGGCAGCAAGCACUCUUUAACGUGCUCAAAGCGUACAGUAUCUACGACCCCGAGGUUGGGUACUGCCAGGGUAUGUCUGGUAUCGCGUCGAUCCUUCUCAUGUACAUGACCGAAGAGGAGGCGUUCUGGGCACUAGUCGGUCUGAUGGAAGGUGACCGUUACCAGUUGCGCGGGUUGUUUUUACCAUCGUUCCCUCUACUCUACCGUCACUAUGCUAUACACGAGUCACUACUACACGAGCAUCUACCCAAGGUACAAGCACACUUUGGUGUUGAGGGUAUAACCACCAGCAUGUAUGCAACCAAAUGGUUCCUCACUGUCUUUUCAGGCAACGUUCCAUUCCCCAUGUUGAUCCGUUUCUGGGAUUUGGUUUUACUCAACGGCUACUUUGUCAUUCAUACCCUCGUCAUUCAUCUAUUACGUGUCAACCAAGAUGUCCUCUCUGCGCAACCCUUUGAAAAGAUCCUCCAAUUCUUUUCCAGUCUCGAAUCCAACGGUGUCGACACUUACUCAUUUACCAAAGGUGCCAAGAAACACAAAAUAUCAGAGAAAAAGAUUCAAAAAUUAUUAAAGAAACAUGACCUCCAUCAAGCUCAACUUCAUAUUCAUCCAGGUGUACCAAUUAAUUCCUAA